CAGUAGCAGUAGUAGUAGUAGCAGUGAUGGCGAUGAUGGUAAAAGUAAUGACGACAUCAGCCAAGAAGACAUGGAGGAUACCAGCUACCAUGCGCAUGAACCAAAUUCUGCACACAACAAUUCUGACGAUUCAGAAAAAAUAAUAUCGCGCCAUUCAAGCGAAUCCUAUCAGUCUUUAGCUGAUAUGAUGGAAGAAGAAACAGAAAAUCACCAGAUUUAUUCUCAGCAAAUGAGCAAUAUUGUUACUACUGGCACUACAGCAAGGUCUGUCUCUUAUGGUACUCUAUUACCUCUGAAUCAUUCAUAUGAGCAAAAGAAUAUUCCUUCCAUCAUGAGCGUAUCAAUCAGCUUUGUUAAUGCAGCAUGGACAGCGAUGGAUAUAGCACAGACAUAUCACGAGGAAGAGAAUGAAAAGAGCUUUACCGGUUUUGUAAAUUGUGUUUUCAAAAUAUGGAGAGUGUUGUUGAUUGGAGCAGAAUCCAUGCUGGAUUGGAGAAACCGUGUAAAACUUCAAGCAGUUGUUUAAUACCUUUCUAUUGUAUUAUCCUUUUUAUACAUAUAUUCACUUUUAUAUAUACAUAUAUUUAUAUAUAUACGCAUAUAUAUACACAUACUAUUUAUAUACUAUAUCCAAAAUACUACCCUUUCAACUCUCCCUUUUAUAGUUAUUUAUACACUUUACACUUUCCACAUUCCCUAUUUGUUAUUUUAUUCAAUGUACAUCCUUUUGAUUCUUAAUGCAAGAUUGCCAUCAACUGUUAUUAAGAACCUACCUAUCAGAUGUCUUCCUUUGUGUCUUUUGCGAUAUAAAGAAACUUUCAUUGCUGUAAUUAAUGCUCUGAUUUCGUAUUUUGACUUGGACUUUAUUUGUAUAUAAAGUUUCUUUUAAAACUUCAAUAGGUGAUCAACCAAAAAAAAAAAAAAGAG